AUGUCAGGGAACAGCAACGGCAGUAUGAUCUCCUGCCUCACCUACUCCUGUAACUACUCAGACUGCUACAGUGUGUCUAUGAAUAGCACUGCUGUCCAAUGUUCCUAUGGUUACAACGUCUGCCAGUUGAAGAGAAAUGAAGGUGUGUCCUAUACACUGAGCUGCGAAGUCUCCUGCAAUAACAUCUCUACCUGUAACAACUCCCAGACAAACUGCAUCAUGAGCUGCUGCAACUCAACAGGCUGCCUGAACUCUACCCUCGCCUCAAUGACAAGCACAACAGCAAUGACUCCAAUGAAGACAACCACAACCCCUACCACAACUAAACCACCAACUACUACCACUACAACGCAACGUCCAAACAAUGGAAAAAAGUGUCACACAUUCCAAUGCACCACGACAGAUUGCUACAAGUCCUACGCCAGCAGCUCACCAGAGUUCUGUUCCGUCAAUCUACACUACUGUGAGUUGAAAAAGACCACAGGAACAACCUGGGAAGCAGGCUGUGCAGCAACCUGCACAGGACAACCCGGGUGCACAGCCACCUUGACCACCGCGUGCCAACAGGAGUGCUGCAACGCCACCGCCACCUCAUGUCUCAAGCUGGAUGGUAGCCUGAACCUACCCUCUUCUGCCACCAGGGGGCCUUCCUUUUCAUUUGGUUCAAUCAUGACUCUGCUGUUUUUUCUGCUCGGUCAUCAGUCCCUGGUGUAAAGAAGAUACUCUGGACCACUGAGGAGGCACGUAGUCCUCAUAUUCAUACACUACAUGUAGGUUUUGUACUGCAAAAUGCUGUUCUGAAUCGGUUGUAAAAUCAUUGUACGCCUCGGCUGUGUGUAAGCCUUUGCCUGUUUUCGUGUGUAUUGAGGUAUGUGAGGGCUCCUUUUGUGUUUUGGUUUAAAAUUAGGAAUUUAAAAUGCUAGACAUGACUAUGUGUCAUUCUCAUUCAGGAUACUGUAUACAUUUGCAAUGUCUAAAAAUAGAAAAUUACUGUUUGUGUGUAAACAUGAAUGACUGAAUUAAGUCCUGGUAUGGCACUGUGAAUACAAACCCUCCUUCUCAGCAACAUUGCAUGUGUCUUUUUUAGAUGGAAACCAAGUGGUUAAAGGAGAAAGUGUCUGGAAAUGUCAUUAAAACAAAUUAAUUAUUUCAGAUCCUUUGAUAGCAGUUGACCUUGAUGUACUGAGAGAAGCAGCAAAAA